AUGCGGCUGCUUAAACCGGUCUGGGUAACCCAUGGAUUUCUUACGAAGGACAAAGCUGUUGGUCGACCAAUAUAUAGUCUUGACAUACAUCCUGAUGGCUCACGUUUAGCUACUGGUGGAGUGAUUGACACAUGCGGAGUUGUCAUUCUGUGGAAUAUGGCACCUAUUCGUUAUCCAUCACUGGAGUCCGAUGAAAACUCUUGUCUCAAGCUUUUUCAAAUGGACAGUCAUCAAGCUUGUGUUAAUUGUGUCCGUUGGUCACCAAAUGGUCGUUGGUUAGCCUCUGCUGGGAUGGAUAAAGUUAUAAUGCUCUGGUCAAAAACAGCUGUUACUUCCCGUCCAAUUCAAGUAUUUGGGUCGAAAGAACCAACAAAGUUUACUGAACAUUGGCGUUGUGUAUCAACACUUCGUGGCCAUAGUGGAGAUAUUAUUGACCUGUCUUGGUCUCAUGACGGUAAUCGGUUGGCUUCAACUAGUGUUGACAACUCAGUGAUUGUAUGGUGUCGUCAAAAACUUCCCAAUGGAGGAGGUUAUGCAAAUAACUCGUUUUGUAUACAAGCAACACUGAGGGGUCAUCAAGGUUUUGUUAAAGGCGUUACUUGGGAUCCAGUUGGGCGUUAUUUAGCCAGCCAAGGAGAUGAUUUAACUGUAAAGAUAUGGCGCACCGCAGAUUGGCAAGAGGAGGCCACUAUUAGUAAACCAUUUGCCAAGGCUAGUGGACAAAGUCAAGUAAUGCGUUUAUCAUGGAGUUUAGAUGGUUCAACUUUGGCUUCACCACAUGCUGUAAAUAAUGGAUUCCCGACUGCUAAACUUAUCGAUCGAAAUAAUUGGACACCAUGUUUAGAUCUUGUUGGACAUCGGAAACAUGUUAUAUGCGCGCGCUAUAAUCCAAAUGUUUUGCGGAAAGAAGAUGGAUCUGGGAAUCCGGGGGCUGUUUGUCUUGCUUUGGGAAGCAAGGAUCGAUCUGUUUCUGUGUGGUCAACAGCUGGUCGUCGCGCUCGAGUUGUUGUUCACGAUCUAUUUACUAAUUCCGUUUGUGAUUUAACAUGGAGUUCUGAUGGUCGUGAAUUGAUGGCUUGUUCACUGGAUGGUUCUGUUUGCUAUAUGGGUUUUACGCAUAAAGAAUUAGGAACUCCAUGGUCUCUUCAAGAAGUAAUUAAACUACAUCACAAAGUAUACGGGCAAAGUUCACUAGACAAAUUUCAUCCUAUUUCAUCGAAUGGUUUAUCAACAGAUCCAACGGAUGAGAAUAAAGAUAAUUCGGGUGUGCUAAAUGAAAGUGAUAUACUACUUGAAACUCCAGAAGCUUUAGCCCUGCAGAAAACACAAGCUGAACUUCGUACUAAGUUGAAAAAUCCACCGACACGAACAAAAGAAGUAAAGUCGCUUCCAAGAGGGCCAUCUCAACAAAUUGAAACUCGGAGUAAAGAUGGUCGCCGAAGAAUAACACCGAAAUUCUUGGGUCAUUUGGACAGUCCUGAUGACGACGGCAAUUCCAAUCCUCAGUUCACAUCACCACAGCCUAGUCGAUCAGAAAGUAAAUCCAGUCUGGAGAUAGUUUCCGAUUCAACUUCAGAUUCAAGUAAAGCGGUGAAAGCCACCACGUCUUCAACGAUAGUAACAACAGCAGCAGCAGCAGCAGUAACAGGCAUGACAAGUGCAACAACGACAAGGACAACAACAACCACAACAGCAACAGCAACAACAAAUACUACUAUUAUUACUACUACUACUAGUAUUAGUAGUACAACUAGUACAACUACACCUAACACUACAAUUCCUAAAACUGUAACAAGCGCUUCGAAUUCAUCAGGUGUUACAGUUGUGGCAGUCAAUGGGACUACUGUUGCUAAUAGUAAUAAAAAUAACAGCAAUAAUAAUAACAAUAAUAGUAAUGUUAAUAAACAACCUACUUCACAAGUUAAUCAUCCCUCUGUGUCAAAGAAUACUACAAUUGAAACAAAACGUGGUGAUGAAACAGUUUCAGUAUCGAAUACUGAUGUAUCAUUAAAUCAAAAAAAUAUUUCCUCGAAAACUGUUCCCAGUGGGCUACAAGCUCCAUCUACAACCACCAUAGCACCACCACCAGCACAACAACAACAGCAACAACCACUCGCGUCGAAAAAGUCAUCAUCGGAAUCUUUAGAACAAGAAAUCGGUAUUGAACAGAAACGUGCUCGUCUUGACACUAAUGAUAGCGAGCCACCAGCUCAAGUAGACAAUGCUAAAUUGAUUAGCGAUGAAUCCGCGAAAGUGAACCCGUCUAGUAAACAGAGGAAACGACGUGUUCGACUUUUUACUGAAGAAGAAAAAUCGCCGAAAUCUGGAGCUGAUGCUACUUCUGCUUCUUCUAAGUCAUCUGCUGUACAGAAUAAUAAAAAGGUGUGCUUUUCACCUGAGUCAUCACCGCAGCAAAAGCCGAAAUCCGUCACUAUAUCUAUUCCAGAACCGACUGAUAAUAUAUCAUCGACCAUACACAGUGCAGUGACCGGUUUUACAAAUCCUCCACCAUUUAUUAUCACUACUCCAGAUCAAUUGGCCAGUGUACCAAAAGUUCAAUUUGUCUGUUCAAACUUAGUCGAUGGACCAAUUGUUGUACAGUUGAUAAACUCCUCGAAUUCUUCUGCUACAUGUAGUGAAGAAGGCACAAAACUGCCCGCCUCAUUGUCAAGAAUAUGUGCUAAUCGUGGUGAUCGUCGUUUAUGGGAACUUGUCUCGUCUGAUCGCCUUACCUCUUAUGCUUAUUCAGAUGAAGUUAUUGUUGUCGGUGAUAGUAAAGGUCGGAUACAAUUAUUGUACAGCACUGGUGGUCGUAUCUGUCCUAAUCUCUUAUUGGAUUCUGUGCAUACCUUAGUAUUGACAAAUGAGACUGCUGAAACUGGCCAGUUAUCCACAUCAUCAUCAUCGUCAUCCGGAAAGUCGACAGAUUCGUCAGGCAGUAAUAAUAAUAAUCAUCUCAGUCGAUUACAUGCAGUUGUCAGUGGUAAUGAACAACAACAACAACGUACAACUCUUCUGCAUAAUGGAGGUCCUAUUGGCGCCACUAAUGCAUUUAAUGGCAAUAAUAACAGUAUCAAUAAAUUCAAUAUGACUCGUAAAUAUCGACUAGCUGCUUUAUGCCGAUCUGGAAGAUUAAUCAUAUGGAAUUUUUCACUGACCAAUUCUGGUUUAGGUUCAGUGUCUAGUAUAUUCAAUGCUACUGUAUUUCCACAAAUACUUGUCGAAGCAAAUAUUAAAGAUAUUUUAAAUGGUGGUCAUAAUUCUCGAUUUAAUUCUUUAUCCUUCGGUCCAAAUGGAUAUCCUGUUGUAUAUUUACAAGAUAAUUCAUCUUACUUAUUCCACAUCGAAAGUCGUAUUUGGAUUGAAUUGUUUGAUGCUUCGGAUACAGCACGUUAUCAGUUUGCUGUGAGCGUUGCACGUGGUUCGCCUCCAGGUCCAUUAUCUGCUUGUCAACAGUUGAGUAAAAUAGUGAAUAGUGGAGUGAAGUUGACCUCUUCCACUGGUUCAAAUUCAAGUCUCAUUUCUGCAUCAUCAAGAAGAAUUUCAAAUCAGAAUUUCCUUGAAUCUCAAACACAACUUGCUCUUGCAUUUGGAUCUUCAAAUGAAUAUCGUUACUGGCUGACAAGAUGGUUCCGUCAGCUUAUUGAGGAUAAUGAAGAAGAACGUGUUCGUCAAAUCAUUCAAGAUCUCAUUGGUCCUGUACCAGUUGCUGGAUUACAAACAAGUUGGCAGCCGGACGUUAAGGGGAUAUCAAAGCAUGUUCUAGCCAAAGAAUUAUUGAGUUUAUUCGCACUGAAUUUGCAUUUACAACGUCUGUACGUGGAACUGAAAGAAAUGCUGAAUGAAGCAACAUCAUAA